UAUAAAAGCUCUGGUCCGAUCAGACGGUCAACAAACCUUAAGGAGUCUCUCCGUUGAAGACGUCCAGAGAAGCUCCGGUGCCAGUGUCCAGAAACAACCAGACAGACCCAGAAGAUGAAGACCUGUCUCAGCCUCCUCCUGCUCUUGCUGGGCCUCUGCCAGGCUCAACCUCCGGUGGGGGAAGAAAAAAGUGUUGAUGAUAUCCUAGAAGACAAUGAGGACAUGGAUAUCAGCACCAGGAUUCUGAUCUCCAACAACGGCUCCAAUGAGAUCCUGCUGGAGGGAGACUUGCUUCUACCAACAACCAGAAACGCCAUGAAGUGUUUUAGGAACAACUGCCUGUGGAAAAAAUCCUCCAAUGGCCUUGUGACCAUUCCCUACACAGUGAGCAGAGCCUACACCUCCGCGGAGAGGUCACGAAUUGUGAGCGCCAUGCAGUCCUUCCACCGGACCACCUGCAUCCGCUUCGUGCCCCGCCGGAACCAGAGGGCCCACAUCAGUGUUCAAAGCGGAGGUGGAUGCUACUCCUCUCUGGGCAGGACAGGAGGCAGGCAGGUACUCUCUCUUAGGAGACCGGGAUGCAUGAACUUCGGCAUCAUGCAACACGAGCUGAACCACGCUCUGGGCUUCAACCACGAGCAGACCAGGAGUGACCGUGACCGGUACGUCAGGAUCAACUGGAAGAACAUCAAUCGAAGCAGUGCAUACAACUUCAAUAGGAAGAACACCAACAACCUGAACACCCCCUACGAUUACACCUCCAUCAUGCACUACGGCAGAAGAGCCUUCUCCAUAAAUGGACGUGACAGCAUCACCCCCAUCCCAAACUCCCGUGUUCGGAUUGGCCAGAGAAGGGGAAUGACCCGGAAUGACAUUCUGAGGAUCAAACGAUUCUAUCGCUGCUAA